AUGGUUUUCAAAUUCUUAAAAUUCCGUAGAAGUAAAACAUGUUGUGCCUUGGAAUUAAUAUUGAGUUGGGGUUCUACUAUAACUGGAGCGGCCAAAGAAGGAAGUAUCUUCAAAGGAGAUCGCUCCAAAUCUGAUCAGUAUUUGCACGCCGUUGAUGAGAUUCAACUAUGGACAGAGUCGGCCACCAUCUUAGACAACCAGAUCAAAGCCAACACCGUUAUUCAGAUCGCCAUGGCUCGGCUUGAGAGCGAGUUUCAGAACAUCUUGAUCAGCCUCACCACUCCAAUCACUACUUGCAAGCACGGACCCAAGCGCCCCCUCUCAAAUUAUUUUUCAACUCUGUCACUGCCAAUGACAACCAAUUUAGAGGCUUAUCCAAGGUCUUCAACUUAUUCGAGUUCAAGAACUACCGAUCCGAGGUCAUCAACAUUUUCGAGUUCAGUAACUUAUAGUACUAAUCUUUACCAAAAAACAAGAAUAACUGAUAGUACUACUGGCUUUGAAGAUUAUAACUAUGUAGAGUUCAGUACGAAGUUCAAACAAUCCAUAGAUGAUCUGCGGAGCAUUGCAGUGAGAAUGAACUUCGCAGGACAUCUUCCUAAGUGCAUUGAGGUGUACCAGAAUGCACGCAAGCUUCGUAAAAUGGAUUGGAAAGCAUUGGAAGAGAAAGGGAGACAGUGGAUACGAGCUGCAAAGAUUUGUGUCACCAAUCUCUUUGCAAGCGAGAAGAAACUCUCUGAGCAAAUCUUUGGAGGUCUUGGAACUCAUUCAGAUGAUGAAUGUUUUGUGGAGGUCGUUAAAGACCAUGCAAUUCAGCUAUUCAAAUCAGGGGAAGCCAUAAGCAUCUGCCUUGGUGCUCCAUCAAGGCGCCCUCAGAAGUUCAAAAUUUUAGACCUCCACGACCAGUUUUCGAAAAUUUUGCCUGAUCUUGACGUUGUUUUUCAACUGAAAUCAUUAGAAUGUAUUCGAACUCGGGCUGCCGGGAAUGGGAUGCUGCCUCUGGCCCUCUGCUUGCUGAGGCUAAAAGAGGUGUUCUACCGGAAUUUUGAGAAUAGUGUGCUUCUUGAGCAGUCGAGCUCUCAGGAUCAAAGAGGUAGAAUUAACACCUUGACAACAUAUGUCAUGGCUUAUGUUACUCGGAUCUCUUCAUACAAGGAAACACAAACUGAAUUGAUCAUAACAAAGCAGUCAAAGAAAGAAGAUAUGAGGAAUUCAGGUGAUCUGACAAUUCCAGAUAUGACAUUGGAUGAACUUGAGGGGCGAACUCCGUUGGUGGUACAUCUGAUUUGCAUCAUUGAAAUUUUACAGUUCAAGUUGGAGGAUAAAUCAAAGUGCUACAAGGAUACCUCAUUGGCUCAAUUUUUUCUAAUGAACAAUGUUCAGUACAUCGCUCAAAAAGUCCAAGAGCACCCGAAAUUGGGUGACAUGAUUGGCAACGAUUACCUGGAGAAGUUAACUGAAAAUGUCAGGCUACUUAUGGCUGGCUAUCUCAAAUCAACAUGGGGGAGGGUCACCUAUUGUCUGAGAGAAGAGGGACUCAAAGCAACCCAGAGUCUUUUUUCUGGGGUGUCAAAGAGUCCGUUGAAAGAGAGGUUGAAAACCUUCAAUGCUACAUUUGAAGAGGUUCAACAAACUCAAGCAAGAUGGGUGGUACCAAACAUCCAACUUCGAAAGAAGCUUCGCCUUUCAAUAUUGGAGGAACUCAUUCCGGCCUACAUCUCCUGCGUCAAGUUGUUCAAGAACCAUAUAGGGAGUGAAGAUCACCUAGAGAAAUUCAUUAGGUACUCAGUUGAGGACCUUAACACUGCAGUGUCUAAUUUCUUUGUGGGCAUUGUUGAGGUUCAAAUCUGA